AUGUGCCAUAAGAACAUUUUUACCUACGUUUACCCUGACGGGCACAGUGCUGAGCAGAUCAAGCACGACUUAUGCGCCAACUCGCGCCACGGCCUACCAUGCAAGCUCACCAAGACGUUCCAGCACCCAACUGAAUAUGUCCGAUCCGGUCAAUUAAGCCCGCCAGGAUACAACUUUGGCCAAUUACCGCCCACUCCGCCACUCUCGUCUCACUCCGCUUCUGACUCGGAGCACUCUUCCAAAGGGCGAUCGGGUGUCUACAUCAAUGGCGAAAAGGUCAUCGAUCUUAACAGGCGCCCGUCGCGACGCGACAAGGGUGAGCGCGUCGGUGACCAUACAGUCUACGUUGACAGCCCACCGCUAUCGCGCACACCACCCCGCAAAUACGACAUACCGCGCAGCAUGCCUUCUAGCCCCCGCGAAGAGACUAUCCGCGUGCGCGAGUCACGACACCGCGAAACGAGCCCAGACGAGCGCGAAAGGUCUACUUCAUCACGCAGAAGACCCUCUAUCGAAGUCAAGAUAGUCAAUGAACCGCGACACCGGCGAAACGGGUCUAGCAAGUCGAGUUCGCAGGAUGGUGAUGAGGAGGAGCGUCGCCGAAAGCGUAGGAACAGUCAUGUUCGAUUCGAGGACGAGGAAAAGAAAGAAGAGAAGAAGAAGGAUGAGAAGAAAAAGAAAGUCCAAUCCGAAAUUGAACGCGCGAAUGAGGAUAUCGCCAACCGGCCUCCUAUCCCGACUACAACAGUACCAGCCAACACACGAUACCGCCGGGGCUCAGUAGCCGUUGAUCCCAACGAUGCGGCGCUUGUACUUGCGAUGGACCAGAUAAGCUUGGAGCGCGAACGAAAGGCCAAUUUAAACCGCGAGAGGCAGCGGCGCGAGAAGCGUGAGCGCGAUGAAGAAGAGGCGCAGAGGCGGCGACUGAAAGACCGCAUGGCUCCCAGUCGCCGGGCUACCGUCAGCGACGCCCGAAGCCUGGGGCGAGCUCGACAGAAGAUAGUUUACGAUGAUGGAAGAUACAGCUGGGAGUAA